AUGGAGGUUGAUGACGGAGCAGAGCUCUGCUUUCCACAACUCCUCAACACCUCCUGCAGGAAGCCGACACUUCCUCAGUCCGAAGUGGUAUUUCUGCACACUCUUGUAUCCUCCAUCUCUCUGCUCACUGUGGCUCUCAACCUGCUUGUCAUCAUCUCAGUCUCCCACUUCAGGCAGCUCCACACACCCACCAACAUCCUCCUCCUCUCUCUGGCUGUCUCAGACUUUCUCGUGGGCCUCCUGCUGAUGCCGGUAGAAAUCCUCCGAAAAACAUCCUGCUGGUUUCUUGGUGACCUCAUGUGUUCUCUGUAUAUUUGUGUGUCAUACAGUAUUCCCUCUGCCUCUGUAGGAAACAUGGUGCUCAUCUCACUCGACCGAUAUGUUGCUAUUUGUGACCCUCUGCAUUAUACCACCAGAAUCACUGUGAGAAGAGUUAAACUCUGUGUUUUUCUGUGUUGGUUCUGUUCUGUUUUCUACAGCAGUGUAGUUCUAAAAGAUGACCUGAUUCAACCAGGCAGGUAUAAUUCCUGCUACGGAGAUUGUGUGGUUCUAUUUGACCAUACUGCAGAUGCAAUUGACCUUGCCUUGACCUUUAUUGUUCCAGUUACUGUCAUCAUAGUUCUGUAUAUGAGAGUGUUUGUAGUGGCUGUGUCUCAGGCUCGUGCCAUGCGCUCUCACAUUACAGCUGUCACACUCCAAUGUUCAAUGUCUCUGACAGCAAAGAAAUCUGAGCUGAAAGCAGCCAGGACUCUUGGGGUUCUUGUAGUUGUGUUCCUACUAUGUUUAUUCCCAUAUUAUGGUGUGACUCUUGCAGGGGACAGCUUGCUCAAUACUUCAUCUGCAUUCCUUGGGAUCUAUCUGUUUUAUUUUAACUCGUGUCUAAACCCUGUGAUUUAUGCCAUGUUCUAUCCCUGGUUUAGAAAAUCAGUUAAACUCAUUGUUACUCUUCAGAUUCUGCAGCCUGGCUCAUGUGAGGCCAACAUACUGUAG